AUGCAAGGCAUGCAAGGACAACAACCAACCGCUCCUGUUCCUACUCCUCAGGCUGCAGCAGGGCCUGACUUUCGUGCUUUCUUUCGGAUGGAUCCGCCAGAGUUCUUGGGUGGCUUAGAUCCUGUGAUUGCUCAUGAUUGGUUGUAUGGCAUGGAAAUGAUAUUCCAGGCUAUUCAGUGCACAGAGGAAGAGAAGGUGAUCUUUGCUGCUCAGAAAAUGAAAGGACCAGCAGGUAGAUGGUGGAAUACGGAGUCUACGUAUUUCACUAACCGAGGGAUUCCAAAGGAUUGGCAACAUUUCAAGACAGCUUUCUUGGAGAAGUACUACCCCAACAGUGUGCGUGCUUUGAAGGAGCGUGAGUUUCAGUCCUUCAAACAAGGCAACAUGUCGGUGUCUGAAUAUGCUGAGAAGUUUGAAGACAUGGCUACCUAUUCCAGACAAGCAGCUUAUGCACCAGAUGAAUUGUGGAAGAUUGAUCAGUUCCUCAUGGGGCUGAAUGCUGAUAUUGUGCACAGUGUGUCUCAAAGGGAGUUUACCACCUAUGCUGAGUGUUUAAGGCAAUGCUAUGUUGCCGAGAACACAUUGAAGAGGGUCCAAGAGGAAAGAGAGCAGAACAGACCGGUUCGUAGGGAUCACGGAAGGUACCAUCAACCAGGGCAUUAUGCGAGGGAUUGUACUGCCCCAGAUGUUCCUGAGAAGACUAAAGGUCGUGUUUACACCUUGGACGCUAGGAAGGCCCAAGGAAACACUAAUCUAGUUGCUGGUACGUGUUAUGUAAAUGAUCAGCCCUUGUUUGUGCUAGUUGAUUGUGGAGCAACACAUUCUUUUAUUUCUUACCCUUGUGUUCGGAGGCUUGGUUUUGAGACGAGUCUUCUUCCUAAUCCUAUGAUUAUCUCAUCGGCUACGGACGAUGUAGUAGAAGCUCGAGAAAUUUGCAAGGAGUGUUCUAUUACCUUCAACGGUCGUAGAUUCGUGAUUGAUCUCAUUUGUCUACCUCUUAAGAAGAUCGAUGUAGUACUUGGUAUGGAUUGGUUGUUAGCUAACUCGGUGUACAUCGGUUGUAAAGAGAAGGCUAUCUUCAUUCCUGCUGAGGAGACUACACCAACCGAUGCCAUUGAAAAUCUUCUUGAAGGUACGGUUAACAUGAUCAAUUACCUUUUUGCUCAAGAGAAGUCUUUCCUUUUGGUUCUUACGUCGGACUCCAAGGACAAGAGGAGUAUUUUGGAGAUUCCGGUUGUGUGUGAAUUUUCCGAUGUAUUCCCGGAGGAUGUUACUUCUCUUCCGCCGGAAAGGGAAGUUGAAUUCUCUAUUGAUCUUGUACCGGGUACCGCUCCAGUUUCGAUCGCCCCUUAUAGGAUGUCUCCUGCAGAGCUUAGAGAGUUGAAGAACGACAUAUUGAUAUACUCACGGACUAUCGAAGAGCACAUGGAGCAUUUGAGGAUUGUGUUUUCGGUUCUCAAAGAAAAGCAGUUGUUUGCAAAGUUUAGCAAGUGUGAGUUCUGGAUGUCUGAAGUCAAGUUUCUUGGACAAGUCAUAUCUGGCGGCGGCGUAGCUGUAGACCCUUCAAAGGUAGAAGCAGUAAUAAAUUGGGAACGACCCAAGAAUGCAACUGAGGUCCGUAGUUUCCUAGGCUUGGCAGGUUACUAUCGCAGGUUCAUCAUGGGAUUUUCCAAGCUAGCAUUACCUUUGACCAGGCUUACAAGGAAGGAGGUUUCGUUUAGAUGGAAUUCAGAAUGUGAGAAGAGUUUCAGAAACUCAAGGAGAAACUGA